CAUUUCCGGGUUAUAAAUGCAUCUCAUUAGUUAUGCAUGAAUCAACAAGGUAUCCGGUACCCCGAUCGAUCAGAGACGCAUGCCAUCCAAAACUCGGUGGGUUACUCCACAACUAUGAUGUUUGCAUGCUACGGUCCAAGAGAUGCAAGCUAGUCAUGUGAUUAUAGACUCACCAGACAGAGUAGCAGAUCAUCACCAGCCUGAGGGCCUCCAGAACAGGCCGCUUCUCAGAUGCAAGAGUGGAGUGUAAAACCGGACCUUCAUACUCGAGCCCUGGAAGUCUAGACUGCUGAUGCUAUGUGCCAGGAAUCAAUGUCAGACUUAAGCUCCAGAACUUCUAGUCUCUGAAGAAAAGACAAGAAAAAUAUUCACCUUGAUUCUUUGUAUUCUGUUCUUCCUACCUCUGUCGUUGUUAUUGAAGGUCUGAAACACCUCUCCAUUGCCUUGUAUGAUUGUUUUAAUUGUUAUUAAAGAUAUAUCUUGAGCAGCUAUUGUAAAAUUACUACCAAUCUGUACAUGUGUAUGUUGUACUAUAUAGUAUAUACUAUCAGUAACCAAUCGUAAUGUAAAGAAUUUCUUUAUAUUUUUUGGUUAUUACUUCAAAAAUUGCUUGAACGAAUGAUGUACAUUCAUAGUUUCUGAAUAGUUUCUGACACUUGGUUUUAAAUUUCUGGUGACUACAAAGUACUAUAGUUGAUGUGCAGUGUGUGAUGUGUUAUGAUUCAGGAGGAUGUCGCUACCAACAGGAAGAUCCAAUGUCUGCAGCACAUGUGGCAAGUGCUUCAAGCGCCUCGCUGCCCUAGAGAACCACAAACGAUUGUCACAUCCAAAAGAUGAGCACCUUAUCAAGGCCAGCUGCCAGCAAAGGAUGAUUCCCGCCAAGAAAACCGAUGGUAAGACACAUAAAAAGAAGAUCCACAAGAAGACGGAAGUUUCCUUGAAAGAAAGGGUCAUCAGCAAUCAUGACUUGUCAUGUCAGCAAGGACCUGAGAGCAAAAGUAGCAUCCUACUUCAACAAGGUGUCUCAGGAGAGGUUGGUUUGGCCAGACCCGAUGCUGCCAUUGGGAUGUCACGUCAAGGAAGAGAAGGGCAAUAUGCUGGUUUUGAAACAAGGUUAGAUAGACCUGGAAGUUCCAACGGCUUUGAGGAUCACCAGCCACUUCCGGAAACCUCCAGUAGUAGCAUGAUUGAUGGUAAUCAAUCGAUUUAUCAAGCUAGGCUUCCUAAGCAUCUGAAUAUCACUAAAAAUGUGACUAAUGGUACCUACAGCUGCACCGAUUGCAAAGCUUGUGUUUAUAGUGUAGAUUUUCUGUUCAGCCAUGACUGCAAUGAAACAGUGAAUAGGGAUUCACCAGAAUCCCCAUGCAAGGACUGUGGAUUGAAUGCAAGGGUGUGCUCUUGCAGAAAGCUUGAGUUCCAGCUUGUAGUGAGAGAAAAAGACCCAUGUUGUAGCAUCUGCGGGAGGGUAUUCUCAGAUGAGAUGGCAAAGAAACAGCACAAAUGUCUUCAAACUGAUUCAUGGAAGUCGGUACGUCCUGUAGGAGGCCAUUUUGGUAAUGAUGUCACCAAUGAAGCCAGAUCAGAUGCGUCUAUAGGACUUGCUGACGCACAAAACAAGAACGUACUGAAACCCCGAAAUGACAAUGCCAAGUGCCCAUACUGCAAGAAAAUGUUUAGGAAUGAUCUUUACCUCAAUAACCACAUGCUUUCUCACAGCGAGCUCCAGAAGUUUGACUGUUUCUACUGUCGUCAGCUCUUCCCAACAGGUGCUGCCCUUAAAGAACACCUGGGGACAGUUCAUGUCCAACGGCCAGAGGAGACAUUACAGGGACAAGAGGCUGCUGGAGUUGUUUAUACAGAUUCAGGCUUGCGAUGGAAGUGUUCUUUAUGCCCAAAGAUCUUUUCCUGUAAGAGUAACAGACGGAGACAUCAAAUGUGGCAUUUUGGCAUCAGACCACAUGCUUGCGAACUCUGCGGGGCUGCAUUUCGCCAGCGAUGGCAGCUCCAAGCCCAUAAGAAGACGAAGCGGUGCCAAAAUAACAGAAAUAGAACAAAAAAUGUACUUUUGAGACUUAGCGAUGCUCCGAUUAAGCAUCCUCACACAGCUGAUAGCAGUAACCAGAUGGUUCUUAAUGGUGAACUGGAAGAAGGAGAGGUUACAGAGAAUCUAGCUUCAGACUCUGUCAAGGAUAUUUAUCAGAGAAUUUCCAACAGCCAGCCUCUGGUAAGCCCUACACCCGCAAGUCAAGCUCCAAUUCCAGAGUUUGCUGCAAUUCCUACUUCAAGUCUUUCAUCAAGCGUUUCACACAAUCCAAUGUCUACGAAGUGCCUUGAUCAACCUAUGUUGGAGCAUGUGCCUGAAGAAGAACCUUUAGACUUGACAAGACUAACUGGCCUAGAUAUGGAGACGAAUGAUACCAGAUCAUUUAUCUGCCAAGAAUGUGGGAAACUCUGCAAAACCAAUCGAAACCUCAUGAUUCAUAAGCGAAUUCAUACGGGAGAGAGACCAUACAAUUGUAGUCUGUGCAGCUUGACCUUUCGACAGUCCCACCACCGAAAGGCUCAUAUGCUUUCCAAGCAUGGAGUCUAUCAUCCAGUCCCGAAGGCAAACGCCAAGAAGGAGAUCGUAGUUAUGACCGAGGAAGGGAUCAGGUAUAAGUGUCAUUACUGCAGCAAGGUGCUGAUGUCCAGGUCUGGAAGACGCAAGCAUGAGAGAUGGCAUCUAGGAUUGAGACCCCACAAGUGCGACAACUGUGGGAAUAUGUUCAAACAGCUGCAACACCUCAAGAAACACCAGAUGUCAUCAAAGUGUAGAGUUUCCCAGAUCAAGUUGAUUGACACCAAAAAUAAGAGAAAUUAUAAUGAUAGCAGCAAUCCAAGGAUUGGUCCCCUAACCUCAUGGCAUAUGAUGCAAGUUUUGGCAGAAAACCACCGCAAGAAGAAGGCCCUUGCUGCUAGUGACAUUUCUGCUUUAUCCUCAGAAAGUGAAGCCCCUCAGGUCACGGAUGUUCGCAGUGCAGUAGGGCUUAUUAGCACAGAGGAACUGAAAGCAAAAGAGAGAGCUAAGAAACUGGCUGAGGAUGCCAGCGAAAAGAGUCGUGACAAUGAUGAAGAUGAAAAUGUUGUGGGUCAGUGUUUAGAAGAAAUAGGAAAUAUUACAGACGAAGGAGAUAAAGCUGAAACAGUUGGAAGAUACGCCCUAGAAAAUGAUGAAGAAAGUAUCAACGGUAUAUCUAUCAAGGAGGAAGUGUUUUCCGAAAUUGAGGACGGAGAGAUUGUUGAUGGGAAUGACCAUAUGUCUUACCAAAAUGGUGAAGUUAAUGGGAAUUUCCAAGAAUGUAAAGACUUUGAAGCUGGUGGGGGAAAUGAUCUCCCUUUGAACCUGACUAAUGCAAACAGUCUAGGUGAUGUUUAUGAGGAUCUUGAAGCCUACCAAGCUCAGUGUCAUAUCUGUGGACAGUAUUAUAAGACAAGACAGAACUUGAGCAUCCACAUGCGAAUCCAUACGGGAGAGCGCCCACACUCCUGCUCCAUCUGCUCCAAGAAAUUCAUCCAACCGCAUCACUUGAAGGCACACCUGAAGUCCAAGCAUGACAUCGUCAUGGUCACCCCAAGCAGGCCAAUCAGGCAGGAAGAGAUCAUCAUGACCCAAGAAGGCAUCCGCUUCAAGUGCCAGUUCUGCCCCAAGCUGCUGUCCUCCAAGAAUGGACGCCAGAAGCACGAACGCUGGCACUUGGGGCUGAGGCCACACAAGUGCGAUGUCUGCGGCAAGGCCUUUAAGCAGAGCCAUCAUCUUAAGAGACACAAGGUUGGAACAGCCUGCAUCCCGCUUGACAAGCAGCCAAUCAAGGAAGAGUGUCCGUCUCCACCUCCGUCUCCACCUCCUUCAGAGCCUCUACUCAAUGUACCACUGAAUCCAUCUGCUCCUCUUACUGUUUUGCUACCAGUGACCAUUCGUGCUGCACCGGCCCCUGUUCAUACGGACCUUACUGUAAAGGAAGCACUGCCUGGGCAAUUGCCCUCAGAAGGAGCCCCCACGAACAUAGAAACGGCCAGAGAGGUGCCCCUUCAGAUCCAUCCACCACCUGAAGCAACCAAAGACAUGACCCCUCAGGAUCUCUCAAUGCCCUCUUCUAAAUUAAUAGAUCUGCACUGCUAUGAGUAAUAUUUCAGUCUUUGCUCUGCCAAAUAUUUUCUCUCCUUUAAUUAGUCCUACUGUAUCAAUCAUCUGUAGAGUGUAUUAUCCAAACUAAUAGCAGAUGAAAAAUUGCUUCUGACAAGUUAAGCUUCCCAGUGAUAUUCUUUACACAAGACGUAAGGGGUAUGAGUUGUUGAAGUUACACAUGAACUGUUUCUAAGGCAAGGUAUUGUACACACAUUGCUACCAGUGUUGUAAUGUAUUUUUAAUUGUGCCAUCUUUCGGUGAAGGCAUACACAGAGCAAUAUUGGGUCCCUGUACCCACGCAUCAUUGUGCAUGCGCCAUCAGUUGUGAUGCAUUGUGGGACGUGGCUGUCAACACAUCUGGACAUUGUAAGCAGCAGAUGGCAGCAUAUGUAAAUCUGAAGAAGUGUCAGUAGAAUACCCUGCCUUAGUUUGAAAGGGGAGGUUUUCAUUUGCCUUGUUUUUGAGAAAGUAGACCAUAUCUGAUGCAGCAGCUAUAUUAGAGUGUAUUAUGUCUGAAAUUGAGAUACUAAACCUUUAUGAUUUCAUGCUAUACAUGUCAUGUAGCAGUUGUUGUCUGAUGUCAGCUAUUUUCAGGUCUUUUGCAAGGGCAUCUCUCCUGUACUUGAGUUCCUAGCGACUAACAAUUGUAGCUUGGUAUCCGUUUAGUGUGUCAUAUCUAAAUGAGCCUUUAGUUGAAGAAUGAUCUAUUAAAAUAAGCAAUUGUCUUAUGCUACCACCUUAUGAGUGCUUUACACUUUAAACUUCAUGCGCAAGCAUAAUGUCCUUGCAUUGUAAGCCUGAGUAGAACUAUGCCCAGUGUUUAUUUUUUCGCUGUACCAACAGUCAGUAGCAAAUUUUAAACCUGCCCUUUUCACCUAGGCCUAGAAUCUUCAUUUGCAGUAUAUAAUGUAAAAUAUAUUUCUUUGGACACUAUCGAUGUUACUUUCAAGUUUCA